GCCAAAACGGACACAAGGUUUCAGAAGCUGACGCGGCGGUACCUCAACCUCAAAGCAGAGAAGGAAGCAUUGCAAAAGCAGCUGGGCAAGUUUGAGGAUGGCCUGGCAAGCACAACCGCGAAGGCCGAAGUGACACCCGCCGCCACCGCCACAACUGGGUGGCAGCGCUUCGGCGUUUUCCGCCGGAGGCGGAAUUCACUGCUGCGCGGCCGCGUCACGCCACAGGUCAAUGCAAACAGCAUUGCCCUCGUCAAGGAGGUGGCCGCAAAGUACGCAGAAGAUCAUGGGCACAAGCCGUCGUGUGCAGAGCAUUUGGUCGAAUUCUCCGAGAAGAUUGGCAGCAAGGUUGCCUACAGCGUCGCCCGGCACUUGCUUCCCUCCCGCGAUUGA